CACAAUUUUUUAUUUUUUUGCCAACCUUUUUCCUCCCUUGUGGACCCCAAUUCCAAAAGCCCCACUUCUCUUAUUUAUCUCACAUUACCAUGAGUGCCAAACCAAAUACACUGAUGGAGCUAGAGUUACCUAAGCUCUCACUCUCACCCCUCAUUCAUCAUAGAAAGUACUAGAAAGCACACACACAACUCCUUCACAAACACACAAAGGGAGAGAUAGAGAUAGACACAAAGAGAAGAUGGGUAACUACAAGUUCAAAUUAUCAGAUAUGAUCCCAAAUGCUUGGUUUUACAAACUCAAGGACAUGGGAAAAGCAAGAAAGCAAACCUCAACUCAGCCCAGGAAGAAAAAACAACCUUCACAAGCCUCGACCACACAACCAUCAAAACCAAAGCAACCCCACCAAUACAAUCCCAGAAAGUCUUACUACUUCACAAGGGAACUUAACCCCAAUGACAGAAUCUACACCUCACCAGCCAACAACCGAAACCUCAAAGACACCAAUUCCCCUGAACCCCCAAGAAAAUCAUCCAAACAAAGACUCAAGAGAAGAACUGCAAGGACUUCUAGUUCUAGUUCUUCUCCUAAGCAUAUUGUUGCCACCAACAAUAACAACUCCUCAUCACCACCACAUCAUAGCUCUCCUGAAUCAGAGUACCCUGACCCUGAAUUCAGAACAGACCGUGUUCUUACCACUGAAUCACUGGAUGAAAAAACCAUUCCUUGGUCCAACUCUUGUGCCUGCAGGCUACACCCCGACACCAAGGACAUCAUCAUUGAUGUGGACAACAAUUCCAUAGCCAGAAAAGAUGAUAAGCUAGAAGGGUAUGAGUAUGAUUCCUUAUCAGACCUUGUGCUUCCACCAAUUGUGACCAAGCCAGAAAAAUUCAAUGACUUGCUCAGUGCUGCCAAGAAGAAAGAAUCCAAACCAAGAAGCAAAAUGGUUGCACAUGAAGAACCAAACCUGCAGGGUCCUCUAAGAGUUAAAAUUGUGAAGGAACACAAGAACACACCUAGUAGGAGGUUCUCUGUGAGCUCUCCAGGAGUGAGGCUUCGGAUGAACUCACCAAGAAUUGCCAGCCGGAAAAUUUCGGCACAAGGCCGGAGAAGCGUGUCGGCGGCCGCGGCCGGCCGGAGAAGCCUCUCUGAUAGCUUUGCAAUUGUGAAGUCAUCACUGAAUCCUCAGAGAGACUUCAGAGAAUCAAUGGUGGAGAUGAUUGUGCAGAACAACAUUAGGACAUCAAAGGAUUUGGAGGAUCUUCUUGCUUGCUACCUUUCUCUUAAUUCAGAUGAGUAUCAUGAUCUCAUUAUCAAAGUGUUCAAGCAAAUAUGGUUUGAUUUAACUGAUAAUUAGUGCAGAACAAGUAAGUAGUAACCAAUUGAGGUUUAAGGCCAUUCUAAAGGAGUUUCUCAACUUUCUGUUUCUCACACAAUUUAUGUUCACAUGUAAGUAAUGUUAAUAUCUUGGUUAAGUUAA